CAAGUUGCUUUUAUCUGGGUUAAACUGCUAUCCGUAAUCACAAAUGGGUAUGAUCAACGUAAUCGUUGCACCAUUGAUAAGAAUAUUGUUAUGGGGAAAGAAAUGCAACUAUCACAAUUAAAGCAAUGAAAAAUGUGUAUGCCUACAGAACGAAUAGGUUAAAGACCUCUCUAGUAAAACGACAUUGCAGGCCUCAAUAAUAUUAUCAAUUUCUUUUCAUAUAUAACAAAUUUCAUGAGGUAAUUCAAUGUGUAAAUCAGAAAUAUUUAUACUUAAAGCGGGGAAUGUUCCAAUGGAAAUCUUGGCGCGUGGGCACGAAGCAAUGGAAGCUUUUAAUGAUGCUCUAGCUGAGGGAGAAGCAGAGGUUAAUCAAGGAAGGACAGUUUUUAUGGGCCUCGAGAGAGUCGGCAAGACUUCUACUAUCAAGUCAUUUUUAAGGAAUACUUUUGAUCCACAUGAGGGUAUUACUGACGCAAUAGCCAACACAACGGUGUGUACCCAUGAAUCGCACGAUGAAUUGAAUUGGAAGGAAACAUCACCUGAUCAUUCUGGUGCCAAUGACAUGUAUGAAGCAAAAAUUGCAGAUUCCAUGGCGAAAAGAAUAUUAAAAAAAGAAACUGAGAAGAAUGUAGAAGUAACAAGACAAAGCGAGUCACCACCAGCUAAAAAAAAGAGGAAAUAUAAUCAGGGACAAUCAUCAUCAAAUGUUGAUGCCAGAAACCUGAAAAUGGAAUCAGAUACCAAAGAGCAGACACAGGCACAGUCGAUAGAAGAGGUCCCUGAAACCAUCGCUACUAAAGUCCAGGAGCGUAUAAAAGAACUCAAGUUCACAAAAGGAGAUGCGACGCAAGAAUUGCAAAAAUCUGGCAACGAUUUCAUUAUGAGCAUCUGGGACUUCGGAGGCCAGCCGAUAUAUCAUGUUAUACAACGAAUUUUUAUGGUAUCUUUUGCCGUUGUUUGUGUGGUAUUUAACCUAGAAGAUGAUCUUGAUGCCCCCGCCAAAGUUAGGGAUCCAACCACUGGUGAUAUAUACGAACAUCGAAUGACAAACCUUGAGUUCAUUCUGUACUGGAUUCGUUCAGUAUAUACAAACAGUAGGGAUUCAAAAUUGGAAGAUGGACAACCUUCACCACCAGUACUAGUGAUUGGUACUCACCUAAACAGCCUCAAGGGGAAUGAAGAGGAACAGAAAAGAAAGGUUGAAGAAAUAUUCAAUAAAAUUAGAAAAGCAUUGGAAGGGAAACCUUAUGAAAGCAUGGUGUCAAGUUUCUUUGCUAUUGAGAACAGCUUACCAUUCGCCAGGAGCAAUGCUUCUAAAAUCAUGGACCAAAUAUUAAAAUUCGCAAAGAAGAUGGUUAGAAAACUACCUUUGAAAUGGUUGCUUGUUCAACAGGAAAUUCAGAAGUUGAAAGAGAAGCAUAUCUACCUACCAACCAAAAAGGUGAUCGCUUUAGUUGAGCGGUGUGCGGUCAAACAGGAGGAAUUCAAACAAGAUGCUCAAAGGGUACUGCUUGAGUAUCUACACGACCUUGGCGAAAUUCUCUACUUUCCUGAUGACGAUGCCUUAAGGGAUAUUAUUGUUUUAGAUCUGAUAAAAUUAGUUGACAUGUUUAAAACAAUAAUCACUGUUAUUGACCCUAAGCUUAUGGAACAAAAACACAUAGAGGCCUGGAGGAAAUUGGACGCAGGUGUCCUUGAGGAGCAUCUGUUAAGACAUUUGUGGAAGAAGUUCAAGUUUUCAAAUGAGACGUUUGAGUUCUUUGUAUCUCUCAUGCAGAAGUUUGGACUGGUGUGUGAGAAAAACAUUACAAAGAGUGGUUUUCGUGGCCGUAUUUUCUACGUUCUUUCACGUUUAAAGCCUGAACGUAUUGAUAGACCCGUUAAGGAUGAUGGGAUGCAUGCAGUUUCAAUCUUUCAUGACUUUGGACGGUAUCUACCUGACGAUCUUUUCCAGCGAGGAGUAACUAAGUUCAUUGAGGAAUUCCAAGUACAAGAUGUUGAGCCAAAACUGUCUUAUGAGCAUGUGGAGUUGAGUAUCGAUCAAUUUCACAAAGUGGUUAUGAGUGUAGCAACAAUGAGGAAUCGUCGUAUGUUUAAAACAACAAUCGCAAUCUUGGAACCCAGUCAGCAAGAUGAGCCCUCACCGACAGUGUGCAAGAAGGUACUGAGUUUCCUCGAAAAGGAACUAAAGCUAUUUUGUCUGAGUGGUGUACGAGGCAUUGAAUUGACGAGGUACAUUGCUUGCGAAUGCAGUUCAGACUCGGGUAACGCCCACAUGCAAAUCGUACGCACGUUUGACCAGGAUGUGCUGCCAUGUGGAAGCAAUAUAUUGCCGCGUUAUCGUCGACUAUUUGGAGAUGACAUGCCACGAGUGCAAGAUCGUCCACAGUCUCAGCAAGUAGUACAUAUACCAACAGGUUUUGUGGAUGACGCCACUAUUGUGACAGUUUCUGACGAGUUGAGUCUCAGCUGGAGAAGGUUUGGUGUCCGUUUGGGACUUAAGUGGUCGAAAGUGAACAAGUUCAAUGCUGAUGGUACACAGACUCAUAAGGCUGCCGAAAAUAUGAUGAAUUACUGGAGGAGCAACAUCAGUAGCGAUAUUCAUCAAUUCAACUAG